AGUGAAGAUUUGUUUGUACAAACUAUAGAAGAUAAAGAUUUAGAUGGUCCACCACCAGCCAAGAAACUCAAGAAGAGUCAAUGCACACCUCUCUUUAUGAAUGCAUACACCAUGGCAGAUGCAGGGGCAGUAAUCCAUACACACUCAAAACAUGCAGUGAUGGCAACGCUUCUCUACCCUGGUACUGAGUUUAAAAUAACACAUCAAGAAAUGAUCAAGGGCAUUAAAAAGGGAACUUCAUCUGAAUAUUACCAGUUUGAUGAUGAGUUAGUGGUUCCUAUUAUUGAGAACACCCCGCAUGAGCGUGACUUGAAAAAACGUAUGGCAGCGGCCAUGGAAGAUUACCCAGAAUCCUGUGCUGUACUGGUACGUCGGCAUGGAGUUUAUGUGUGGGGACCAACUUGGCAAAAAGCAAAAACAAUGUGUGAAUGUUACGAUUACUUGUUUGAGAUAGCAGUAGACAUGAUGAAAUCUGGGCUAGACCCAGCUGAAAUACCUAAACCUCCAAAAGGUGCUUAUCUACAACUGUAAUAUGUUAGGGCAAUGCCUAUCUACAACUGUAAUAUGUUAGGGCAGUGCCUAUCUACAACUGUAAUAUGUUAGGGCAAUGCCUACCUACAACUGUAAUAUGUUAGCAGUGCCUAUCUACAACUGUAAUAUGUUAGGGCAGUGCCUAUCUACAACUAUCAUAUGUUAGGGCAGUGCCUAUCUACAACUGUAAUAUGUUAGGGCAAUGCCUACC